GGAACUGCUUCUCUCUUUAUAGAAAAAAUUGGCUUUUCCUAUUAAACUUUCUAUCGUAGUAGCUUUCUAAAUGAAUUUUUUUAUAAAUUUUUUGAAAAAGGGAAGGCCAGUCAAGUGACAUGAAUAAUGUAACUAUUUAGCGAGAAAAACUACUAAAAAUUAUCCGUAACAACCUUGUACAAACGUAUGACUAUCUAAAUAAAAAAUUGCCGCCAAUUACUCGGUGCUCUUACCCUGAUUUUACUAGAAUUAUCUCUCUGUCUCAUAUAUAAACGAGCUGUUUAACUUUCGAACCAGCCAGUAAAGUUUCACUUCUCGACAUCGAAGAUAGUCUUUAAUCAUUAAUAUAUAUAAUAAUUUUUUUUUAACAUUUUAUCGUAAGCUCGUAUAAAUAUACUUUGCUUCUAAUGUACCAAUUUUAUUAUCUUGUUCUGGAGAAAUCCGUAUUAUCAUCCCUUAUCAACGACCAUUAUAGAUAAAAUAAAAAAUAAGAAUUUCUUGAUUAUUUCGGUUAAAAUAAAAUCCAGUAUACACAGUAUUAUAUUAUAUAUUCCAUAUUUGCAUCCGUGCGAUCGAAUAUUUAAUAGAAAUCGUUAAAUAAGAGUGAAAGGAUGGCUCCGCAAAUAGAUAACACUAACGUAAUAUUAGAUCGAAUAUUGAAGGAAAAAUUUACCUCGGAGUUUCGUAGUGGUUACAUUACUGUGGAGGGUGUUUGUUUACCUGAACGUUAUCAACAUUUUGCAGAACAAAUUGAAAAUUUUGAGGUCAAAGAUGAUGAUGUUUGGGUCUGCACCUUUCCAAAAACCGGUACCACAUGGACGCAGGAAAUGGUUUGGUGUAUUGGUAACGAUUUAGAUUUCCAAGGCGCAAAACAAUUAUUGUUUGAAAGAUUUCCAUUCUUAGAGGUCUCAAUUAUCUACGACUUCGAAAAGUUCUUGUUGGAUAUACCAAAUUCAUUGAAUUCCGAGGUAAUGCAAAAUAGCGUGAACUUCAUAAAAAACCAACUCAGUCCAAGAUAUAUCAAAACCCAUCUGCCAUUUCAUCUCCUUCCGCGACAAUUAAGAAUGGGUGAAAAGAAAGCGCGCAUUAUCAAUGUCAUCAGGAAUCCAAAGGACACAUGUAUCUCCUAUUUUCAUCAUGGCAAGUUGGUUGAAGGCUAUCGAGGUGAUUUCAAUGAAUUUUGCCAGCUUUUUCUAGGAGGAAAACUUGCCUACGCUCCGUAUUGGGAGCAUGUCCUUGGUUAUUGGAACAAAAAAAAUGACAUGAAUAUUUUAUUCUUAAAGUACGAAGAUAUGAAGUCUGAUCUUCCAUCUAUAAUCAAGAAAGUAGCCACUUUUCUGAACAAAAGGAUUACAGAUGACGAAGUGCAAACUUUAGCCACGCAUCUUAGCUUUGAGAAUAUGAAGAAGAAUCCUUCGGUGAACUAUAAAGAGACAAUUGAAAGUUAUAAAAAAAUAAAAUUAACCAUCACCGAUGGUACAUUCAUUCGAAGCGGAGAGGUCAAUCAAUGGAAAGGAAAAUUAUCUCCUGACAUGGUCGAGAAAUUUGACGAGAUGACUAGGAAAAUAUUUGAUCCUGUUGGUCUUCAUUUUUGUUUAGCGGAGGAGAAUGACGAGGAAUACAGAGGAAAAUAUAUUGGAAGGUUGAACGCGUAUCAUCAUCAGGUAUCUGGUGAGUUAUAUGCAGUCGAUGAGUACACGUUGCUUGUAACUUCCUUCAGUUACGAUGGUAACGGAGCAGAUACGUUCUUUUGGUCUGGUGCAUCUAAUCGGCCAGGUCCUCAAGGUUUCAUCGUACCUGACGAGUGGGGCAAGACCAACGUACUUGGUCGGUAUCUCAAUCGAGAUUUUACGCUGACCUUGCCGGACAACAAAAAGAUAACGGAUAUUAAAUGGUUCGCCGUGUACGAUUUGGCUAGUCAGAACACGUUUGGUGAUGUCUAUAUUCCUGAAGAAUUUGAUCCACCAGCUCCUCAGAAGAUUUCUCAGCUAUCCAAGAGAUCCCAUGACGUAUCGUCUGAAUCGAUAGUGAUCUUGGAUUCGAAGACAAUCAGUAUACCACAAUUUACGUAUGAUGGGACAGGAAAUGAUACGUAUUUCUGGGUCGGUUUAGGUCCUCAACCUUCGAGCAAAGGAACCAAAGUUCCAGAUGAGUAUGGAUACCUGGAUCCACUGCGUGCUUAUAAAAAAGAGGAUAUAAUAAUCCAAUUGCCAGGAGAAAUGACUGUCUUUAACGUCGAUUGGUUGAGCGUAUUUGACGUAAAAACUAAAUCGAAUUAUGGCUCGAUUAUUAUACCAGUCGGUCUUAACGUACCACCAUCUUUAGUUAAAAUUGUCAAGCAUACGCAAUCUUUGCCAAAUUGUGUUCAGCUCCAUAAACGUUAUCAAGUUAGUUGGGAAAUCUUUGGUCCACAGAUCACGAUACAAUUAGCUGGUCAAGUUGCCGAAGAUGAAUACAUGGCUUUCGGCUUAUCCGGUUCUGAUAGCUCCAGCCAAAUGGAAGGUGCAGAUGUUACCGUUGCUUAUAUGGAUGGUACCCGGGGCUAUGCCACUGAUUAUAACAUAACGACAAAAGCACCGUGUGGAAAAGUUCUUGGACAGUACAAGGGUGUUUGCAAGGAUGAGCUUUUAGGUGGAUUAGACAGUAAUCAAUUGUAUACCGCGGUAAGGGAAAACGGCAUCAAUAUCAUCACCUAUAGGCGAACGCUUAAUUCGUCUGAUCCAGGAGACAAAACAUAUCCUACAGACAGGAUGGUCUAUAUAAUUUGGGCAUUAGGAAGAUUAGAUGAGAAUAUGGAACCUAAUUUUCAUGAUCUCUAUCCUAAAAGUGACUUACGAUUAGAAUUGAGUCGUCAGGAACCGGAAAACACCUGUAUGGAUUUCACGGAAGAUAAUGAAAAGCUCAUGAUACCUUGGGAAAAGGCAGAAAUAUUCGAUAGAAGUAUUAGAACUUUUAAAGCAACUAUUGGACCAUCUGGAGGAAAAAAAGGCUACCAAGGAAUAACAGGACAAACAUCAAUGGGUUACGCGUGGUACAUUGAAGGUCAAUUAAUACCGGAAUUGUACUUACGUCGAGGAUUAACAUACAACUUCGUUGUCUAUGGAGGUAAUAAUCCUCAUAGUUCUAAUUUGUAUCAUCCUUUAAUUAUCACGGACGAGCCUCACGGAGGCUACGAUAGACUCAGCGAUAUUGCACAAAACAAAGUAAGAGUGUUAGCUGGUGUUGAGUUUACUAGAAGAGGCCGACCAAGGCCAACAGCAGUGGGCCCUCUUUGUUUGAGCAAGCAUGAUGGCAGAGACAGAAGACUAGACGAUGACUUUUUAUCUUUCAAAAAAUUUAAUAGAAGUCUUAUAUCUAUUUGCGAACCUGGUGAAGGAGGUAUUUUAGAAGUGACACCUAACUCAUCGUGGCCGGAUAUUGUUUAUUAUAAUUCCUUUACUCACGCAAAUAUGGUGAAUAAAAAAUCUAUUAUAUUUUCAACCAUGGAAGGCAAUUUUGCUGAUAAGUUGGAUUAUAUGUUUGGAGUAAAAUCCAGUUUUUUCAAAGUAGAACCAGGAUACUGUUUAUUACCUCCUAAUUACGCGUUCUUUGCUAAAAAAAUAAGAGAUAUGAAAAUAUACGAAGAUGACAUAUGGGUAGUUUCUUAUCCUCGAACUGGUAGUCAUUGGGUACAAGAAAUGGUAUGGUGUAUUGGAAAUAAUUUUGAUUAUAAAACCACGAAAACUCUUCUGGUGAUACGUAGUCCGUUACUAGAAGCAUCCGCCCUCAUGGUUACAGGAAAUUACGUAGAUUGGUUUUCAAAAUUAGGUGACUCAGUAGAAAAUGUUGUAAAUGCAUCACGACCUCGAUAUAUUAAAUCACAUUUACCUUGGGAUUUAUUACCUACAGAUAUUCACUUGAAAAAACCAAAAAUUAUAUAUAUAUGCCGAAAUCCUAAAGAUACAUGUGUGAGUUUUUACCAUUACUGUAAAGUAUUCCAUAAUAUGAAAGGCAGCUUCGAAGAUUUCGCGGAAUUAUUUGUGAACGACAAUGUUCCAAUGGGACCAUUCUGGAAUCAUGUACUUCCUUUCUGGAAUGCUAGAAAACAAGAUAAUAUUUUGUUUUUAACAUAUGAAGAUAUGAAGAAGGAUCAAGCUGAAAUAAUUAAAAAAACAGCAAAAUUUCUUAACAAAACAAUAACAAAUGAACAAAUUAUUGAACUUACCGAACACUUAAAAUUCUCUAAAAUGACGACAAAUCCUGCUGUAAAUUUAGAACAUAUAUUAAAAGAAAAGGAUUUUGAUGAAAAUAAUCCUAAUGUAAAAUUUAUAAGGAAAGGCAAAAUUGGUGAUUGGAAAAAUUACAUGUCAGAAGAUCUAAGUCAAAAAUUUGAUAUUUGGAUGGAGAAACAUUUAAAAAAUACUGAUUUAAAACUGGAUACAGAAAGUUCCAUAUGUGAAUAGCAAUGAAAAUUACCUAUAUAUUAUUUACUUUAUCUAAGCAAUGAUAAAGUUACAUAAAAAAUUGCUGCAUAUAAAAAUCCAGAGAAUAAUUUUUGUAUGCUAUAAUAUACUUUCUUCUAGACUUUUAUAUGACAGACAUUAAUACAAAAUUAGAGAUAGAAAAAUCUAUAUAUUAUAUGUCAUAAUUAAUUAAAUGAUCAUACAUAUAUGUUUAACAGAAUAAAUUUUCUACUGAUAAAUUAAAUAUCAGUUGAAAACUAAAUAAUUUUAUAUUACGUAAAUGGAGCUAAUUAGUUCGGUAGUACUUAAAUUGUAUUGUAUUUUAUAUCUAAAUAAAAAUCACUUUUUAUUCA